UAGUUUCCAAUAUGAAAUGGAUCAAAGAAAAGAAGGAAUAAACACAAACGAUUUGAUAACAAAAAACUACGAAGCAAAGUGUCAACCUCAAGGGAAUUAUAACUUGAACGCUCAAAAUUAUCCAGAAAACAACCACAAUUUAUACCAAAUGAUUAAGUGCCACGAAGACAGCUUGUUAAGACUCCACCACUUAUCUGCAGGACGACAAAUAAGUUCUAACUACGAGACAAGUUAUCAGAAUGACCUCGCAUGGUAUCCCAAAGAUUUCCAAAGACAAUACAUUAAGCCUGUUGAUUAUUUAGCUUAUCAGGAUAUGAGACGAAAAUUUGAUGAGGCCAAGGGUGUGAAAGAGAGGGAAGUGCGAAAAGAAUCAGAGGAAGACAAGGAUGGGAAAACGGACGAAAGAAAGAAGCCUAGAAGAAAUAGAACAACGUUCACGAGUCAGCAGCUGGCUGCGUUGGAAAAAGUGUUUGAAAAGACACACUAUCCUGAUGCUUUUGUGAGAGAAGAUCUGGCGUCGAGGGUCAACUUAACUGAAGCCAGAGUACAGGUAUGGUUUCAAAACAGGCGCGCCAAAUUCCGAAGAAACGAAAGAUCAGCACUAUCCUCAAAUAGAACGUCCACUAGUCAAAGUUCACCAGAACCAGUGCCAGUGCCCAUUGGCAUCACUCAAUCUUCAGACCCUCGGCAAGAGUUCAACCGUAAUGCAAAGGAACCUUGGUUACAUCACUUCCAAACAAACAACUUAAAUUUCAACCUCGGGUUACCGAUUGGCAAUUCAGGGCUAUAUCAAAAUGAUUAUACACUAAUGAUGCAAAAUGUGGGUAAUAGGCAAUACGUGCCAAACUCAAACGCGCUGAUGGGACAAAAUGUAUCGAAUUAUGGAACUUCAGCAGACAACGGUUACGGCUCCUGUGCAUUAUUGGGAGGUUACAGUGGAUCUUUGCAACCGGCACAUCACAGUUCCUAUAAUUUAAAUUUGAGACUUAGGCCACACGAGUUCAGUAUAAAUAAUAUAACACUAUAA